AUGGAUGAGGCUUCAAAGGCUCGUUUAAAAUCUAUCCCAACUUGUAAGACCAAGGCCGGCCCCAGAGAUGGUGAUUUAUGGAUUCAAAGACUUAAGGAGGAGUACGAAUCUAUCAUUCGAUUUGUCCAAUCCAACAAGGAAUCUGACGCAGAUUGGUUCAAACUAGAAUCGAAUGGUGACGGUACUAGAUGGUUCGGAAAGUGCUGGCAUUUCCAUAACAUGGUUAAGUAUGAGUUCGACGUAGAAUUUGAGAUCCCAGUUAACUACCCGGUCGUUUCGCCGGAAAUAGCUCUACCUGAGUUAGACGGAAAAACUGCUAAGAUGUACCGCGGUGGAAAAAUAUGUUUGUCUGACCAUUUCAAGCCAUUGUGGGCUCGUAAUGUUCCCAAAUUUGGUAUAGCACAUGCGUUCUCAUUAGGACUCGGGCCAUGGUUAGCUGUUGAAAUCCCAGACCUUGUUGAGAAAGGCCUUAUCGUUGCCAAAGCUUAA